AGAAGAGAGAGUGUGGAAGGAGGUGGAGGUGGUGGAGGAGGAAGAUGGCGGCCAAGUCGGACGGCAUGCUAGGGGUCGGCUCCGGUUUCGCCCAGCUGCAUAACCUGGACGAGGCUGUGGCCGCCGCUGCGGCUGGAGAAAGGGGGGGCCGAGAGGAGGACGGGGAGCCCGGGGAGAGCAGCUCAUUCCACAUCUGUCACUGCUGCAACACGUCCUCCUGCUACUGGGGCUGCCGGAGCGCCUGUCUGCGCUCUCUCCUGGGCAAGGGCUCGGGCAUGCUGGGGGGCCAUGCAGGGGGCAAGGGGGAGCGGGCCUGGCUGGACUGUCUGUGGAUAGUGUUGGCCCUCCUGCUCUUCUUCUGGGACGUGGGCACCGACCUGUGGCUAGCAGCGGACUACUACAAGAACAGGGACUACCUGUGCUCCAGCCUGACCCUGGGCCUCGUGCUGGUGCCCUCGGUGCUGGUGCAGAUCCUCAGCUUCAGGUGGUUCGCCCAGGAUUAUACCGGGGGUGGGCUGGGGGCUGUGCAAGGGCUGAGCAGCAGGGGACCCCCCAUGAUGGGAACCAUUCACCACCACUACCAGCGCCAUCUCCCUUCCUACACCGCACACAGCUUCUGCAGGAUCUCAGUCUGGCUCUGGCAGUCUGUCAUACACCUCCUGCAGAUGGGCCAAGUGUGGAGAUACCUACGAACUAUGUACCUGGGCAUUCAGAGUCAAAGGCAGAAGGAACACCAACGGCGUUUUUAUUGGGCUAUGAUGUACGAAUAUGCAGAUGUCAACAUGCUGCGCCUCCUGGAGACCUUCCUAGAGAGCGCCCCCCAACUGGUGCUACAACUGUGCAUAAUGAUCCAAAAGAACCGCGCAGACACUCUACCAUGUGUUUCCUCUGUGGCCUCCCUAAUGUCCCUCGUUUGGGUGCUAGCCUCCUAUCACAAACUCUUACGUGACUCCAGGGAUGACAAGAAGAGCAUGAGCUACAGAGGGGCGCUCAUCCAUAUCUUCUGGCGACUUUUCACCAUCUCAUCCAGAGUUAUUUCUUUUGCCCUCUUUGCUUCCAUCUUCCAGCUCUACUUCGGGAUCUUUGUGGUGGUCCACUGGUGCAUCAUGGCCUUCUGGAUCAUCCAUGGUGGGACAGACUUCUGUAUGUCCAAGUGGGAGGAAAUCCUCUUCAACAUGGUGGUAGGAAUUGUGUACAUUUUCUGCUGGUUUAACGUCAAGGAAGGCCGGACUCGAUACAGAAUGUUUGCUUAUUACACUGUUAUCCUGACAGAGAAUGCUGCCUUGACGUUUCUUUGGUAUUUUUACAGAGAUCCUAACACUGACUCAUUUGCCGUGCCAGCACUGUGUUGUGUUUUUCUUUGUUUUGCUGCUGGGGUUGCAUUCAUGCUUCUCUAUUAUGGUGUGUUGCAUCCCACUGGGCCACGUGCUAAGAUAUUUGCCAGCUCCUGUUGUGCCGAGUUGCUCUGGGGUAUUCCUUUACCUCCCGAUGUUGAACCCAUGGCACCUCAAACUCCGGGGUAUCAUGGAGUCGAGGCAACGCCAACCAGAGCAUUCGCGGAGCAAGAAGAUGACCUAACAGCAGACACAUGCUUGCCAGUUUUCCAGGUGAGACCAAUGGUGCCAACUACUCCAUCAGGGCGUCCUUAUUAUCCAGAAGGGCCGCUCAUAAAGAUCGACAUGCCAAGGAAACGGUAUCCAGCAUGGGAUGCACAUUUUGUAGACAGACGGUUAAGAAGGACUAUCAACAUUCUUCAGUACAUCACCCCCUCUGCUGUAGGCAUUAGGUACAGAGACGGUCCUCUCCUGUAUGAGUUACUACAAUACGAGUCUUCUCUCUAAAAUUCCACGUAUAGAGGAACCUUAUUUUUGUUUACGAAAAAAAAUUGAAAACAAAAAACACAGCUCAAUGAAAAAUAACAAAUGGCCGGAAGCUUCCGCCGAGCUUCUCUCUUGCUCUCUCUCCGGUGGGCGUAUGUACACAAAGAUAUUCUCUAUGUUUUGUAAGUAAAAAAACAAACAAAAAAAGAACUCUUCUUUGGUGAUGUAGACGCAAGAGUCGGUAUUGAGACAUCCAUACUAAGUUCUAGGGUGGAAGAAGAUUUCCUCCGCUCAAUGUUUUAUACAUUAUAAACCAAGUGUAAAGAAUUUAUGGGAUUGGUGCUGUUAGAACAAACUAACCUUCAACUGCCUUAUGCCCUUUGGUGCUGAGUUUCAUUAACUACUGUACCUUUCUAAUGCAAAAUCGGUGGUUAUCAGUCAGGCGAUAAAGCGAUCAAGCCUUUCGGCUGACUAUUUCUUGGGGACAUGAUGUGAAAGAAAUGUAGAGUUGCACAUGAUAAAUGUGGAUUCUCUCAAUGGGGAUCUGGAAGAGGGGAAGGGGGUGUCCAGUUUUCUUUAACCCUUCCGCUGACGGCCUCCCGUCGGCAGCCGAAGAGUUAAUACCGGUCCUGUGAUGCUCAGUUGUCGUUUUCCUUGCACUGAUUUCACAUGGAAAAACAUUUCUAUUUCCCCCAAAAAAAAAAAUACGAAACGAAAGUUUGAUCACAUAAAAAAACACCAAAACCAACAGUGGUAUCUACACCAGAUUCAGUAAUAAUAAAACUCAGCAAGGUAGCUAAAAGAAAAAGACAUGACAAUUAAAGGCACAAUACUUGAUCGAUGACUGGCAAAUUCAAUCUUUUUCAUUUUAAGGCUGCGUGGAGAGAGCACCGUGUGUUACAAUAAUCCGCUAGGGUCCCGUUCGUGUCUCUUGUUCAAUCUGAGCCUUAAAGUGAUUUCUAGUGCUACGUUAAAUCUUUUGUUUCGUUCCGGUUUUAGGAAUACGUUGAGUUUCUGAAACAAAGGGAAAAAAACUACAAUUCCAACAAUAACUGGUGCUUUGUACUUCUUUGCAUUGUGAUUGGAUGAACACACAAAAAUCCCGCUUCACAUCACAUGGUGCGUUCUAGAACUGCGAUAAUCAUGUUCUUCUGUCUAUUCAACCCAAGAACCGCUGCUACACUCCUGAUAAAGGCGCAGUUCUACCAGAUUAUAACUUUCUUCUGUGUGAAGCUUGAAAAAAACUUUUCCGUGUCUUUAAGUCAAAUUGUAAUGGAUUGUUUCCUUUUUUUAAAUUUUUUUUCUGUUUAUGGUUGUACUUUGAUUUCUCUGAUAUGUGAGUAUAGCAUAUGCUUCUAGCGUGGGAAUCUAAUCGUGCUAUAAAAACCUAUAUUUCAGGAAUAUCCACAACAAUAUUUUCUAAUCCAGAGUAUUGCUCCUUUAAAAAUAACUUGUUUUAGGGCAUCUUUUUAAUCCCACAUUUGCUCUACUUGGACAAAGAAAGUUAUAUAUAUAUAUAUAUAUAUAAUAUAUAUAGAGUAUAUAUUUAAGUAAAUACUGUAAGUCUUUUCUGUGUGCCCAUUUGAAAGGCUUUGUUUUUUUCUUUUACACUUCAAUAAGACCACAGUCUAUGGUGCAAAUCAGUGCUGAGUUAUUCCAAGCAGAGGCUCAUCACUAAAACCUUAUUUUUUUAUUGGUUUUGUUGGUAAUAUUUUACUAUUCUUGAGGAUUAUUUAUUUUUCAGCCAUGGGUUUAAAGCUAUGUAUACCCCUUUGUAUUCCAGCAGUUUCUUUAAGAAGGUAUGUCAUCGACGUAUCGUGGCACAUUUAACUCUAAAUCUAUCUGACCAAAAAGAGAAAGUAUUUACAGGUUAUUGUGAGCUGUUGCACGAUACUGCAAUAUAUAAACCAAAAUAUCUGAAGGCACUUAGGCUCUUGUCUAAAGCACACAUUCCUUGGAUGUUACAAAACAUUGAAACCUACCAAAAGCCUCCAAAACUUUACUUUUAUAGUGUAAGGCAGUGAUUCCAUGCUUCCAAAUAUUGUUUAUGAUCUUCGAAAACACAUUAAGAUCAUCAACUAAUUAAGCUAGAGAAGGGCAUGUACAUAAGCACUUUGCUUUUUGUGUGGCCUUGAUAGAAGGGAGAUUACAGUAGGCUCUAUCUUCAUAUACAUCCUACUGUACUGAACUUCAGCUCAUUGUUGAGGUCAAACUUUUCUCAGAGGGAAACAUAGAGAAGUUGGCUACAUAUUUGGUGAGAACAUUCAGUACAUUCAUAUACAUAUUUACUACUAAGGCAAAGCUAUUCUCCACCCAAAACCCUACAUCUCUAUCUCUCGCAUACAAUGUAUUGAAGAUAUAGUUGCAUGGAUUAAAGUUCUAGUUUUUGUAAGGCUUCAUUCGGUGUAAUUCUAAU